AUGACAAGUGCAAGUGGGGUUAGAAGACCUAUAAUUAUUGAAGAGUUUAGAACUGCUAUUAGAGAUAUGGGAACUGAUGAAUUGAACACAAUUAGAGCUGAGAUUGAGAAUAGUGUCAGACAUUUGGAAAGAUCCAAUAAACGGUUGGAAAUGUACGUGGCAAAAUUAAUGGGGGAACCUCAUGAAGUAGACAACGAAUAUUUGGAUGAGAAUGAAAACAUCAAUAUGGAUGAUUUGAAGCUGUUCCAAGAAUCUAUUAGGGAAAACAACAUUGUCUUGUCCAACCAUAGAGAUAGAUUAGAAGCUUUAAACCAAGAAACUAUAUACAGAGUAUCUGGUACCUCCAAGAACAUUAAUGGUGUAGUAAAUAAUAAUGGGAAAAUGGAUAUUGAUUCAGAGAUGGAAAAGAGUGCUCCUAGCAGCAUCUAUUUAUAA